CAGCAGAACAGAAGUAGCGUCCUAGCAUGGCGGUAGGAGGGAGCAGUAGGAGUUCCGUUGUCUCGCUUGUUUCCUUUUCAUGUUAGGUUUUAUUUUAAUGUUUAAUAGAGGUGCUUUUUUUAAUUCAACGUUGUACGUCUCUUAACAAAACCUCUAUUAGAAGAAAACUAUUUUUUAAAGGCGGAUACUCCAUUUAAGUGUUGUUGAUUCCAGGUCGCUUGCUAACUAGCAGGAAAGCAGAAAUUGGGGAGAUACGAGGCAACAAGAGGAGGAGUCGUGUUUUGGAAGAGCUGAUGCAGAUGCCAUGGCCACAGUCGAGGAAUGGGAGUGACGUGACAGCACUGGUCCCUGAGCAGCAUCAUGUCUUUCUGCUGAAGUAGAAGCAGAACUCAAAAGAGAAAUGGACGAGUCAGUGUUGUUGGAUUUACUCGAGUGUCCUGUUUGUUUGGAGCGCCUGGACGCCUCUGCAAAGGUUCUCCCCUGUCAGCACACCUUCUGCAGACGAUGCCUCCAAGGCAUCCUGGGCUCACGCGGGGAGCUGCGCUGCCCGGAGUGUCGCACGCUGGUGGAGUGUGCCGUGGAUGAACUCCCCAGCAACAUCCUUCUCGUGCGCUUGUUGGACGGCAUCAAGCAGAGACCUCGCAGGGCUGGUCCUGGAGCUGGAGUCUGCACCAAUGGUACUUCUGGAGCCGUGGCCAGAGCGCACAGCGGUGGGUCCAGGGACCAGGGCGCUCCUGGAGCACAGCCCCAGCGAGCUCAGGCAAAGAGCACCCUCGUCCGGGGUGUCCCACAGCUCCCUUGUGCCAAGGCGCUCUACAACUACGAUGGCAAAGAACCAGGAGACCUCAAGUUCACCAAGGGCGACGUUAUCAUCCUGCGACGGCAAGUGGACGAAAACUGGUACCACGGGGAGAUGGGCGGCGUCCACGGCUUCUUCCCCACCAACUUUGUGCAGGUCAUCAAGCCGCUUCCGCAACCACCACCUCAGUGCAAAGCUCUGUAUGACUUUGAGCUCAAAGACAAGGAGGCGGACAAGGACUGUCUGCCUUUCUCCAAGGAUGAUAUCCUGACUGUGAUCCGCAGAGUGGAUGAAAACUGGGCAGAGGGAAUGCUGGGAGAUAAAAUUGGAAUUUUUCCCAUCUCAUAUGUUGAGUUCAACUCAGCAGCUCGUCAGCUUAUAGAGUUGGACAAGCCGUCAGACUCCAACGGGGACUCGGGUGAGGGGGCCUCCUCGGGGCCCCAGAGCAACGGCGCUCAGCGGGCAGGAGAGAAGAAGAACAGCAAGAAGCGACAUUCCUUCACAUCUCUCACCAUGUCCCACAAACCCAUGCUAGCUCCUCCCCCCCAGCGACACUCCAUGGAGAUCAGCGGGCCGGUACUCAUCAGCUCCAGCAACCCCACAGCAGCAGCCCGAAUCGGAGAGAUCAGCGGGGGUCUUUCCUGCAGUGCACCUUCACAGGUUCACAUUUGCACAACUGGACUUAUCGUGACCCCGCCCCCUAGCAGUCCUGUUACUACAGCAACCGUCUUCACGUUUCCUUCGGAGACGAGCUAUACAUCUAUCCCUGUGGAUGCGCUCCCACCACCCCCACCUCCUCCCCCACAGCAGUCCUCUGCCGAUGGAGCAGCGUAUUCAUUGGCCGGUGGACAGAGGCCCUCCCCCAGCAUAAGCGACCAAAGUGGGAGACAAAGACCCACAGUCUAUGUGGCCAUGUUCCCCUACACUCCCCGCAAGGAAGAUGAGCUGGAACUGAGGAAGGGAGAGAUGUUUCUGGUGCUGGAACGCUGUCAGGACGGCUGGUUCAAGGGCACCUCCAUGCACACUGGCAAGAUCGGAGUCUUCCCUGGGAACUACAUGAGCCCAGUCAGCAGGACGGCGUCGGGCAGCACGCAGCCCAAAGUGACCAUGAGUCUGUGCACUCAGGCCGGCAGAGGUGUCACCAUCGUCAGUCCCUCUUCUGCUCCCCUCGGUGCGAUUGUUCCAGGUCCUGAUUUCAACAAACCGCUAACUGUGUGCUCCAGCGCUGGACCUGCCAACUCCCAGCCUGCAGCUGUGGUCACAGCAGCUCAAACAGCCACGGGUCAGCAGCCAAAAGUCCCUCUGCACGUCAACUCCCAGAUGACUGUGAACCAAGCCCGCAAUGCAGUCAGGACAGCUGCUUGUCACAGUCAGGACCGGCCCACGGCAGCAGUCACACCCAUCCAGUCUGCUACACCUGUGGCCUAUCUCCCACACCUCGCAGUGUGCUCGCAGCCUUCUUCCUGCCCUGCCCAGGGCUGCAGCCGGGCUGGAGUGGCAAUGGGCUGCGCUGCUGCAUCUUUGACCCCACCCAACGUUAGCGCCGCAUCCCUGGAGGGUGACGGAUUGAGACCUGUACCUGUCCUCGCUGCGCCUGUGAACAGCUCUGGCCUCAAUCCUGCGUCUAACAGCGCCGCUCUUGCCUGCCGACUGGACAAGGACGUCAAGAGGGAAAAGAAAAGUCUACUGAAGCUGUUGUCCAAUAAGAAGAAGUCUCGUCCUUCACCGCCCUCCUCUCCCACACUGGAGGCGGAGCAGGCUGCUGCUGGAGAGGUGCUACAUGGUGCAGUGGGCCCUGAGACCUCCCCUUCCUCUGGCUCUGUCAGCUGCCACGAGACUGAACCUGCUGCUGCUGCUGCUGUUGCUUCUGCCUCUUCGUCUUCCUCCUCAUCGUCAGCUCCAGACUCCUCCUCCCAUAGGAAGAGCAGCCCCCUUGAUGGAUGUGCACCCAUCGCUCCUCCUCCUCGGCAACCGUGCUCCUCUCUCUUAUCUCAGCAACAUGACGCACGGCCCAUCAUUUGUGAAAGGUACAGGGUGGUGGUAUCGUAUCCUCCCCAGAGCGAGGCCGAGCUGGAACUUAAGGAGGGCGACAUUGUGUUUGUUCACAGGAAGAGGGAGGACGGCUGGUUCAAAGGCACAUUGCAGAGGAACGGCAGGACGGGACUGUUCCCUGGCAGCUUUGUAGACAGCAUCUAACACUCACAACAGACAACAGUGAACCACGGUCACGCUCACCAUGACCCCACUGACUGCUGCUAACCUCUCUACAGUUUGUCAUCGCACAAACCAAACCCAUCAGCACUCGAGAGGCUGCCUGGACAAGAGCCGUCGUUUUGCAGAGAGCGCUGCUGAGAAGAACAGAACAUGUUAGCAUUGAAAGCACAGAAGGACAGAGUUGGAGGAAGGCACACUACUCAUGAACUUUUUCCUUUUUUGUUGGUUAUUUAUAUCUUUGUAACAAUUCAGCUGUUAAAUGUGUGCCUUGUUCUGUCCCUCACUUUAUUGUACAUAAGGACACAAAGAUGAUUAGUCCUAAAACAACCAGUAUGAGCUGUCGAUAUAGAUAUAUUACGCAUUUUAACUUAUUGCAUAGACUGGCCUUUUUGUAGGUGGUGCAACUCAUUAAGGGGUUAAGCUGGCACAUGCCUUAUGCCAUUUCGUCGUUGUACUUUUCUCCCUCUGACUGCUGAUAAAAAACAUUGCCAUCAUUUCAGUCUAGGAGUAGAAUAGGGCUGGGCAUUUUGUAAAAAAAAAUUAAAAAAAAUACAAAUAUUUAACAUGAUAAUUUGAUAACGCUGCCAGUUUCAGGAAUAUUCUUGUAAAAAAAAAAAAACAGAAGGUUUAUUAGUAGGACUUUGGAAAACGGUUUAUUUACGUGCUCUUAAGUUGUUUAUCAUAAAAAUUUCAAAACUAUUCUUUGUUCUAGUAAUGAUAAUACAAAGAAGUCUGAACAUAGAAUAAAAGCAGCUCAAACAUUCUUCAGUGGGGGCUGCUAGCCGAGCUGCAGCUAACAUCAGCUUAGCCUGAUUGUAGAUAAGGUUUCCUUCAUUUUUUAAUUGUUCAACAAGAGCAGAUUUAUCCACAGCUGUCUCCUUCAUUUUCACAUCUUAUUAUAAACUUGUGAAAAAAACAACCUUAUAAAGCAGUUCCACAUGACAGUCAGCGUUUCUGACAUACAGUAAGAAAGGGACUGAGAGCAGAGCUGUCGAUAAAUGUUGCAAAAAUCUACCAUGGCUGUUUUCAUAUCUAGUAAAUUUCUCAAAUCUUUGAACAUAAAGGGAUCCCCCUGAGAGAUGGUCGUAUUGCCCAGCCCUAUGUAAGAUCUAUCAGAUACAGCAGAUCAAACAAUUGAGCAGUGUCAUCAUCACUUGAUACUUCUGCAGACCUGACAGCAUUACAUUGAUCUACAGUCUUGCACAAUUGAAGCUCUCUUGCUUCACAUCAUGUGAAAAUUGCACACAAAGCAAAAUAUCUCUCCUGGCCUCCUAAGGGCCUCCAGUCUUCUUGUUUCUCCUGCUGUGUCUGAGGCUGAAGUGCCAAAAACUGUUACCUGCAGCGAUCAAAUAUUUGCAUGCGAGUAGCGAAGCCUUCUGCGGGAGACAAAGUGAGGAUGGAUGUGUUGCAGGACUGUUUGAUUACGCCUUUUUAAUAUGCGGAAAACGCACUCCGAGAUAGACUUCACAGUCAGAUAUUGCUUACUUUGUACCUUCUUUGUAUUUACUGACCCGAGUAGUUUCUCUCCUGAACCCAGACGUAGCUCUGCAUCACAAGAGUGACAAAACAUUUCAGCAACAGUGCACAACAGAUUCCCUGUCGGUGUAUAUUUAUGUUUAUUUACAGAUUCCACAGAGGUAGACGGCUAUUGCGCUCAGAAAAACGAACCUGUUUUUUUGUAUUUUGUACUCUAUAACUCAUUCCUAAUGUGACUUGUGGCAAUAAAAACACAGCUAGCUAAAGCACAGAAUGUUUGCCUAAAGGAACAUAUCGUCGUUUCACUCCACAGGAAGAGAUGUGUCGUGUAAAGAGAAGCUUUUUAUUGAAAUCAAUCACUUUAAGCCCCUUGAUUUUUUUUUCUUGUUUUGGGGUUUUGGUGUACAUUUCAUCGAUACAAAUUUACAAAUUUUUCUCAAUCUUAAGUGUUGUAUUGACUUGAAUUACUGUGAGAUGUCUUUGUGGUUGGAGGGGGUUUUGGUUGUAGUUUUGGUGCUUGUUAAACAUAAAGAUUAGGCAGUAAUAGAAUUAAUACUGUGGAGAAUAAAAAAAAAAACAGAUCAAAUAUCUAAACUUAUAAUUUAUCCUUUCUUUAUGUAAUGUUUAAGAUACAUCAAAUAAAUGAAUUCAAUUCUCCAAAGGAAAAAAAAAAAAGAAAUUAUAGACUGACCCCGCGACACUUAAUGUAAUGUGACUUAAUCAUCUGAUCUUUAGCGAGUCCUUUGAGGUUUGAGGGGGGGAUUUAAACCCUUUAAAGUUGAGGCGAGACCCUCCAAAUGUGGCUUGAGAAUGAACUUACUGACUGAAUUGAACCCAUAGUUUCAACAUUUGUUUUAGUCUUUUGUUGUUGAUGGAGGGGGACCACUGUGUAACUGACUGCUGGAAUCUAUUGUAGUUUGUUUGACAUAUGGAGAGAGUGUGGGAGAGGAUGGUACAAAUCACUGUUAGGGCCUUUUUUUUUCUUUUUUUUGUCUUCCUGAUUUGGUUCUUGUAUAGAAUUAACCUGAUAUGUUUCAUUGUUGUCUUGGCAAUCACCACACCAACCUCAGGCUCUGUGCUUAACUUUUCCUCUCUGUGUCUUUUCACUUCACUGUUAAGCCUUUAAUCAUCAAACUUAACUCCAACUCAGAUGUUACAUAUUUAUGCACUAUUAUAACGUUUGUAAUCGUUCAUAUUGUUCAUGCAUAGGCUGCACAGAUCUUAAAACAUGAAGCAUUUUUUUUUUUUAAAGGGAAUUCCAGUAUUUUCUGACCUGGACCCUCGUUUAAAUAAUUUGGAUUCUUAAUGACAAACAGGUGCAAAAAAAUGUGCAAUUGCUCAAGUAGAUUUCAGAUCGCAGUCAGGAAACAGGCUGUAAGGGAUGCAACAAAUCUUUUGAUCAAAAUGUGUCAACGUUUUUAGUUAUCUCACAGACUGAUUGUUACCGUAACUGUCUGACAACAUCGCUCCAUCAAUAGACUUCAUUGAUAAAGAGUGAGAUGCUUGUUUUCUAAACCAGACACGGCAGAAACAUCACUCUCCUCAAAGACACCUGACUUCACUGACAAAUACGCUGAUCUUACCUUGCAGAGCAUGGGAGUUGCUUAUCUACUGCUGCAGUGAUUUGUUUGUGAAACUCUUUGUGUUUCAAUGUUUUCAACAAAAACAGCACAAUAUCUUUUUAAUCUCACAAAAGCACAAAAAUCUUCCUUCUCAAGGCAGACACAGACCAGCCACUCCUGAGUUAUGCCAGGUAGAUUUACAGUUUUUGUCAAGGCAGUCUGGAGGCUUUGAGGAGAGAGAUGUAACAAUUGAUUCUGGUUUCAGAAAAAAAACAUUUUAUUCUGUAACAAAAAUGUCUAUUUAGAUCUUAUGGAUGGUCUUCAUGAUGUUCCCAGAAACAUAGAAACAUUAUUAAGGACAAUGUGAGACUGUCGGUGGCAAAAACAAGUGAUGUCAUGGACAUGUUUUUAGGUCAUAUUUCCCCCAAAGGUUGAGACGCGUUCUUACAGCCUGUUUCACAGCUGGACGAUGAAGCAAUCCACUCGGGCCAUUUCAGAUCUUUUAACCCCAUGAGUCAUUUAAAACCAAAAAGUGUAAGAAAAUGAGGCCCAGAUUAAAAAACAUUGGAGCUCCCUUUUUAACCGUUAAUUAUGUUUUCUCUUAUUGGGACGGAUGGCGACUGAAGUUUGCCUGAUUCAUCUUAACAGAUUUUCCUCAUGCCAAGGUGACUUACUUGAUUUUUUUUUUGUGUGUGUCCGUAGUUAGUCUGUUGUACGUCUGAAAAUGGUGAAACUGAAAUCAACUUAUUUGGCACAAGUCUCUUAUGUGAAAAACAUUCUGAAGUAUUUGAGGGAAUAGCACAUUUUGUUAAAAUCGCUAUAACAAUAAAAGCUAAUGGUUUCCAUAA